GCCGCCCCACGGCGCGUCGGCGACCUUUGAGCGCGAGCGAUGAGGUCGGAGCGGGAAACGUUGGCCGUGGGGCGCCCCACGGCGAAAAAAAACCCCUUAAAUUUUGGGGAGGGGACGGCGUUUCGGUUAAAAAGCGGCCGGGAACUGGCGCGGGCGUUGCUGGUGUUACGGCUCUGCGCCUUCCCGCGUCUGGUUCGGCACGCCGACACGAUUUUAACGACCUCGCGAAGGGUUUUGGGGCGGCGGCUGUGGGGCGGGCUGCUGCGAGCCACGUUCUACGGGCAAUUCGUGGGGGGCGAGACCCCCGGCGAGGUGACGGCGACGGCGGGGAGGUUACGCGCCGUGGGGCUGCGCCCCAUGUUGGCCGUUCCCAUCGAGGAAGAUGUGGGGCAGGAGAAGGACGGGGAGGAGUGGUACGAGAAUAACCGUGGGGCGGCGAUGGAAUGUGUGGGGCUGGCGGCCGCCACCGGUCCCCGGCCCAUGAUGCAACUGAAGGUGACGGCCAUGAUGAGCGCUCGGCUUUGCGAAACGAUGUCGCGGCGGCUGGCGGAGCCGGGGACCGAGCUGACGCUGGAGCGGGUGGCGGCGGUGAUGGGGGGCGAGGUCGCCGCUUUUUCCUGCCUGACGCCGGAGGAGAACCGGCACUUGGGGGUCUCGUUGCGUCGGUUGGAUCACGUGGCCGGGCACGCGGCGACGCGGGGGGUGCGUCUGCUGGUGGACGCGGAGCAGAGUUACGUCAACCCGGCGUUGAGUUUGGCGACCUUGGCCUUGAUGAUGCGACACAACCGGAGGUCGCCGUGGGUCUGGAACACCUACCAGGCCUAUCUGCAGGACGGGAAGGAGCGUUUGGUGGGCGACGCGGCGACGGCGCGGCGACGCGGGGUGAGGUUCGGGGUGAAGCUGGUGAGGGGCGCGUACCUGGAGGAGGAACGGCGACGCGACGCCGCGGGGACGGGGGACCCCGGCCCGCUGCACCCCACCGUCGAGCACACCCACCGCAGCUACGCCGAGUGCCUGGAGCUGGCGCUGGGCUUGGCGGCGCAGGACGGGGACGACGUGGGGGUGAUGGUGGCCACCCAUAACGAAGCCUCGGUGCUCCAAGCCACCCAAAGGAUGGAAGAACUGGGCAUCCCCCGGCAAGGAGGAGGCGUCUGCUUCGGGCAGCUGCUGGGGAUGUGCGACCACGUCUCCUUGGCCUUGGGCGAAGCCGGUUACGCGGUGUACAAGUCGAUGCCGUACGGGACGGCGGAGGCGACGCUGCCUUACCUGGCGCGGCGGGCGCGGGAGAACCAGGCGGUGAUGGAAGGAGCCCGGCGGGAACGGGGGCUGCUCGCCCACGAGCUGCGGAGACGUCUCCUACGGCGACCCUGACGCCCCGAAAACGCCUUGAUGCGCCCCCAAAACCAACCCUGACGCCCCAAAACCACCUUGAUAGGCCCCCAAAACACCCAACAACCUAAUAAAACUCCCCUGAGACCCCAAAACCACUCCUGACACCCCAAAAAAACCUUUAUACGCCCCAAAACGACCCCGAUACCCUAAAAAAAAAACCCCUGAGACACCACAAAAAAACCCCUGAUACUCCAAAACAACCCCGAGACACCCAAACCCCCCCGACACACCCAAAUAAAACCCCUGAUACCCCAAAACCCCCUUGAGACACCCCAAACCCCCCCUUGCUACCCUCAAAAAACACCCCUGGCACUUCCCAAAACCCCCGAUACGCCCCCAAAAAAAUCCCCUGACACCCUAAAACCCCCUGAUACCCCCCAAAAAAAAAACCCCUGACACCCCCAAACCCUCUCCUGCCCCCUCCAAUAAACACCUCACCGCUA